AUGAAGAGUAUUCAACGUAUCUUGAAAGACAUCAAAUUGCACCGGCUAUUCCUGGAUCUAUCACUUCUGUCAGCGAAGAUAAGCUUGGCGAUGAUAAUCGCAACUUUCAGAAUGAUUGUGCCGCGUUCCAUGAAACGUUUACUAGGUGAAACCGUUCUCAUCACUGGAGCCGGUCACGGUAUCGGCCGCGAGUUAGCUAUCCAAUUAUCAUCGAUGGGUUGUAUAAUAAUUUGUUGGGACAAUGAUGUUGAUAACAAUCGAUCAACGAUGAGGGAAGUGUCGAAAAAUGGCGGAGAAGUUUACGGUUUUGUGGUCGACGUCUCACAGAGAUUGGAAGUACGAGAGACGGUGAGGUUGAUGAGAAAAAUCGGUGUGCCGGAUGUGACGAUACUCAUUAACAAUGCGGCUGUGUUAUAUCAUAAGCCAUAUCUGAGUUUUGAUCCGGACGACGUGGAGAAAACAUUCAACGUUAAUGUACUUUCGCACUUCUGGACGAUAGAGGCAUUUCUGCCUAUGAUGCUGCAGAAAAAUAGCGGUCACAUAGUAGCGAUAAGUAGCAUGUGCGGCAUAUACGGGGUGUCGCAAAAAGUGGCAUAUUGCUCAUCAAAGUUUGCCGUGAGAGGUCUCAUGGAGGCCCUACACGAGGAAGUGCGAUUAGACGAGAGAAAAUCUAACAUUCAUUUCACGACGAUUUAUCCGUUUUACGUGGACACCGGAUUAGCGAAGGAUCCCAAAUAUAGAUUUCCUUACAUCUUCGGCGUCGUGACGCCAGAAUACGCUGCUCAAGAGAUAAUUAGAGCGAUUCAAAGAAAUUACACGGAGUAUUCAAUACCGCGAUGUCUCUUUUCUUUGAACGCGAUUAAUAGAAUUGUUCCGGAGAGCGUAAUGCGCUUGAUAUUAGAUUUCUUGGCGGAUGUCGAUCGAAAACAGAAAGAAAAGGAUGUAAUGAAUUUGUAAUUAGAUUUAGAAUUUCUCCUAUGUAAUUUUAUGCUGUCUGAUUACUUGGCGUUACGAGUGUACUCAGAAAUUUUUAUUUGACUGUCAUUUUAAACUAUAUGCGAGGCAAAUUAAAAUUAAGAAAAAUGUUUUUCUGUUUGCACGGAUACUUACAUGGAUACCACAUUUCUUAGCAAAUUUUCAAGAUCGAGAUCGAAAUUAGAGUGGAAAAUCAUGUUGCGGUUCAAUAUAAUCGAUGGAUGGAUAUAUCAUCGUGUGAUGUCACCAAGGUU